AUGACUGGGCUCAUUGGCUAUUUGCCAGCCUGCUCAGUCCGCAAUUUUACAAUUGCCUCUACCGGGAAAACAUUAUGUUUCUUCGCACCUGUAACCAUUUGCGGGGAGAUCUACAAAAUCAAUUCCUUGAGCGCUUUUAGAUAGAACCAAAAAUGAAGUCACGAAUGCUGUGGAUCGGAGCACAUAUCUCGGAUGCCGUCACCUCCCACGAACUCGCCUGCAUAUGCAGGGUGGAUAUCCACCCCAUCAACCGGAGUAAGCAACCUCCGUGGGCCACGCGCCCCUUUCAAUAGUACCUUCACCUAAUGGCGCGUUCAUUUUUAUGCUAUCCCAUGGCCUAGGUGAGUAUUCACUCGUUUGACUGCUUUGAUGGGACCCCGACGGGUCUUUAAUAAAAAUUAUCUAUCUAUCUAUCUAUAUGGUCUUAGUACGUACCGGUGUACGGUACCGUUACGUACAAGCACAUAACGUGGAGAAGGUCAACGUGGGAUGUGACGAUGGGAGCAGUUAUGAAUGCAGAACACAAAUGACAUAUAUUUAAGUGGCAAGGGGAAAAUGAGAUAACAAGCUGAGGAGAGGACUAAUGACGCACAAAAAGGAGAACGCAGUCAGUAGCGAGUUGUGACUAAAUAUAGGAAAUCGGGUAGGUGUGUAGCCGAUCUACUAGUUGUGAUCUUCACCUCUGGCUGAGUAUCGAACUUGGUGGGUAAGCCUGUACGGCCUUUCUGUAGGGUUCGGUUUGUCGAAAACAUGUAACAUAAGAUUUACCGGAAUGACAGUAUAGUAAGCUGUAGAAGUGUGUCACGGAACCAAAGUGGUUUUGUUUGUUUGUUUUCUUUUUUUCUUAUGAUCAUGCCCCUUGUGAUCUUGAACCACGCUAUUCUGUUAAGUUAUUGUAGACUGUUCUCGCAGAACUAUCGUUAUUUCAGCUUAGGAAGGAUUAAUUUCUCUAUUCUCACUGAGGCUGUAUUUUCGAGACAAAAGACUUCAGGAAGAGUAGUCUAUUAGGUUGCCAUGCUCUCUUUAGGUCAAGCCGCCUUUUCUAAGCCGCCCAUCAUGAGCUGGUUACACCAGUAUAGGAUCGUGACUGUUUCACCUUGAGGAAUUUUAUCGUGAGACUUUCUUCAUAGCAAUCGCUAACCUUGAAAAGCACAUAGUAUUCUGCACGCCUGUCCAUACAAGCAGAUUGAGAAUUUAUUACAUAACAGGCUUGUGUUUUUACUAAAACACGCAUGCACAUAUGACGAAAAGUUACUUCGGUAUAAGGAUUCCUAUCGAGAUGUUUGCGUGGAUUUCCCAGUUUGGAAUAGUAACCAAAUCUCGACGGGCUGCCGCCUUGUCUCAGUUCAUUUAAAUGACCAGAAUGUUUGAUUGAAUCUUCUAGGGCGCCGAAAAGUGACAGCCUCAUGCCUUGGAUGUGCCCUCGAGAUCUAUACUACGGAACGUACAAUUGCCUUUACCAUACGUCCUAAUUGUUCCAGAACGUGCUUAG